CCCUUUGGGCGGGUGUUGUGCUGGCUCUGUCAGCCGAGCAUGGCCCCGGCUGCAGGACAACCCCGCUGGCGCCGCCGUCCUGCCGGGGCCGGAGUUGGGGGGAUGUCCUUGGCCUUCCCUGUGGGCCGGAGGCAAAUCCCCUGCCUGUCCUUCUUGCUUCCUGCCCCAGGCCCCGAGCUGAGGACGGAGAGCCCGGAGGACAAAUCCCCCCGGCAGAGCCUGGUGGGAGAGGCCGUUUUGAAGGGCUCCCCGGCGCAGGAAGGCAGCGGGGAGGAAAAGGGCCGGAGAUCCCCCCGCAGGAGGGGCUCCAAAGCCAGCCCAGGGUGCUCUGAGGAGGAAAGAGCCAGCCUGUGCCGGGAAGGCGGCCAGAGCUUGAGGGGGAGCUCUGAGCUGGUGGUCCCUGAGCAGCCUCCCAGCAGGGAGAAGCCCUUCAGGUGCUUGGAAUGUGGGAAGAGCUUCAGCCUGAGCUCCAAACUCCUCACCCACCAGCACAUCCACACCGGGGAACGUCCCUACACAUGUGGGGAAUGUGGGAGGAGCUUCAGUGACAGCUCCACCCUCCGCAACCACCGGCGCAUCCACACCGGGGAACGACCCUACAAGUGUGGGGAGUGUGGGAAGAGCUUCACGCAAAGCGCCAACCUCUGCAAACACCAUCGUAUCCACAGUGGGGAACUGCCCUACACAUGUGGGGAAUGUGGGAAGAGCUUCAGGGACAGCUCCACCCUCCGCACCCACCAGCGCAUCCACACUGGGGAACGACCCUACACAUGUAGACAAUGUGGGAAGAGCUUCAACUGCAGCUCCCACCUACGCAGGCACUGUCGUAUCCACACUGGAGAACGGCCCUACAAGUGCUUGGAAUGUGGGAAGAGCUUCAGUGACAUCUCCACCCUCGUCAAGCACCACCGCAUCCACACCGGGGAGCAGCCCUACACAUGUGGGGAGUGUGGGAAGAGCUUCAGUACAAGCUCCAGCCUCCUCACCCACCGGCGCAUCCACACUGGGGAACGGCCCUACAAGUGCUUGGAAUGUGGGAAGAGAUUUCAGACCAGCUCAAAUCUCCUCCAGCACCAGCGGACGCACAGGGAUGAGAGGCCCUUCCGCUGCACCGACUGCGGGAAGGGCUUCAAGCAGAGCUCUGACCUCAACACCCACCGGCGCAUUCACACUGGGGAACGGCCCUACAAGUGCUUGGAAUGUGGGAAGAGGUUUCACACCAGCCCACAUCUCCUCCUGCACCAUCGGACGCACACGGAUGAGAGGCCCUUCCGCUGCACUGACUGUGGGAAGGGCUUCAAGCAGAGCUCCGCCCUUGUCACCCACCGGCGCAUCCACAGCGGGGAGAGGCCCUACAAGUGUGGGGAGUGUGGGAAGAGCUUUGCCCAGAGCUCUGCCUUAACCUCACACCAACAGACCCACCGUUAAAAGAAGCGCUACGAGUGGCCCGACCCCCAUUGGAUGAUCCAUAGGAACUCAUUUUGGGCACAGACCUGGUGACCCUUGUUCCAGGUGAUCCAUGCUGGGCACAGACCUGAUGACCCCUGUGUCCAGCCCUUGUCCCGACCCCCCUGACAGCGAGAGUGACCCAGGGUCUUGUAACUGAUCCCUUGGGGAAGAUUACAGUUAGUUUAUCUAUCUAUCUAUCUAUCUAUCUCUCUAUCUAUAUGUAGGGUUCACUUUAGAUCAGUUUUGUUUCCCUGUAGAGUAGGUUUGGGGCAGUUUUGGCUCCUGUCUAUAGUGAUCUAAAACCAUAAAAAUAACACUUCCUCUCUCUGGCUCCAAGCCCAGCCUGUCCCUUCCAGAUGUGGGUGUUCUCCCCCCUUCCCCGGGUGGUUCCUUUGCCCCUGGGCAGCAAAGCCCCCACUGCUUCUGCAGCGGGAGAGUGUUGGAGCCGUGGACCAUUAACAUUCCAGUCUCUCCCAGCUCUGCACCCCAAAAGUCGAGUGGGAUCAAUGUGUCCCCUCAAAGUGGUUCAAUCCCGUAGCAGUUCAUAUUCCAGGAAGAAUGCCAAAGGGCAUCCUGGGACUCAGAGUCCUUCGGUCUCUGUCGCAUGUGCGCAGUGAAGUGCUCGGAUGGGAGUGCUUGAGGAGGUCCCAUGUCACCGUUUGAAGUGUCUGUAUAAGCUUGUGUUGAUCUUAAUAAAGCUCAUUGGGUUACUGCA